AGCCACUCAGGUUCAAACGAUUCUUUGCUCUCAGACGUUUCCGCCUUUCCAUCCCUUUUAGAAGCCAUGUGCAAGGGCCCCGCAGAUCAUGCUUCGACCUAUGACGCCCAGCCACGCGCAUGUGUGGUGCUGGUGGAUCCCUACUCCACGGGUGCGAUGCUGGCACCCGAGUUGGACCGACGCGGUUACACGGUGCUUGCGCUGUGGACCUCCGAUGCGGGCGAGCAGCGGGGACAUCUGCCACAGGCGGCGAAGGGCUUUCCAGAGAAGUUCCUGGCCGAGCUCGACGAGCAGCCCACGCUAAGCUCGACAGCUGCGCUGCUGCGCGAGGCGUGUGGUGGAGAGCCUAAAGCGUUGAUCUGCGGUGGAGAGACGGGUGUGAAGCUGGCUGAUGCCCUCUCCGAGCACAUGGGCUUGCGUGGCAACACCACCGCGCAUGGCAUGGCGAACCGCCGGGACAAGCAGGUGCAGCAGGAUGCGGUGAAGGCGCAGGGCUUGCGGGCCGUACGCUCGGUCUGCGGGAAACGCUGGGACGAGGUGAAGGACUUCACGGACAGCGAGCGCUUCCCCAUCAUCGUGAAGCCCGGGGAGUCUGGCGGAUCGGAUGGCGUGAAGCUCUGCGCGACGCCGGUGGAGGCGGAGCAGCACUUCCAGCUGCUGAUGAACUCGCAACGGAAAGCGGGCCCCCAAAGGGCAGCGGUCCUGCUGCAAGAGUACUUGAGGGGGACAGAGUACAUCGUGGACAAUGUGUCCCGCGACGGCGUGCACAAGACGACCAUGGUCUGGGUCUAUGACCGUCGCCCGGUCAAUGGUGCUGGCUUCGUGUGCUUCGGGCAACAAUGUGUUCCUUCGGACCAGCAGGUGGCGCAGGAGCUCAUUGCCUACACCCGCGGCUGCCUGGACGCUCUCCGAAUCACUGAUGGUGCCACACACACUGAGGUGAUGAUGACGGAGACGGGCCCUUGCCUGGUGGAGGUCAACAGCCGUUGCCACGGUGUGGCCGGAUCCUGGAUGCCUCUGGCCCAUGCCAUGACCGGCUACACCCAGGUCGAUGCUUGUGUGGACGCCUUCCUGGACGCCGAUGCCUUCCAGCGCCUACCCGACGUGCCACGGGAGUUUUUGGCCUCAGGACAGGUUUCGAUGCUGGUCUCCUACCACGACGGCCACGUGGAAUCCACCCACUUCGAGAAGGUCCGCGACCUUGAAUCCGUGGUGUUCUUGGAGGAGAACUUGCACGCGGGGCGACGAGUAGAGAAGACCAUCGACCUGUUCAGCUUGAUUGGCAUUUGCGUCCAGGUGCACCGUGAUCCUACAGUGCUGGCGGAUGACGUGCAGGCCAUCCGUGAGAUGGAGCAGAAUGGCUCUUUGUUUGUCUUGUCCAACUGAGACCGCCGGCGGAGCGAGCUUUGAGCUGCGAGACAAGCGUGGUGCAGUCUCGUUGAUUUCUUCCAGUCUCCGACCAAUAGUUGCGGGUCGGUGGAGUGAACACCUCUUAGGAUCUUUCAACUUCCGUAGUUCUAAAAAGCACUCACCAUCUUUCCCGGCCUGGGGAAAUGUGAGUGUUCCACCCUGGGAACUGUUCCUGCGUGUUCCUGCGGCGUAUUCGAGAAUCGAGAACCUGUCGGAUGAUUUUGGGGGCCCCUGACGGUCAGUCCAUCACGCCCAUUAUGUCGCCCUUUUUCGGGCGAGGACUGCAUGCUGCCCUCCUGCCUGACAGUAAGCCUCUAGCACACCUGGAGAAUUGCAAUCU